GAAGCGGAUUUCUCUACCUCAAUUCAUAUUAUCAUCUCUAAAUGGAAAAAAAUCUAUAAUUUAACAUCUCAAUGUGAGUUCGAUUUUUAGCGUACAUGACUCCUCCAUAUCUAAUCAACAUUUCUCCGCUUGGUAUGCAUUAGUUUUUCGUUCAUAUCGAUUGCUUUGUUGUUGGCAACGUUCUGCAUGCUGAGAUAUUGUCUAAUGGAACUUGUCCUGUCAAAAUUAAAAAAAUGAAGUCGUGAAGUGCUUCAAAUGAAUGGUUUAUCGAGUCUAUAUCAGGAGCACUUGAUCACAUUUUCCAUGGAAAGGCUCAUAAAUGGAUAGAGCAUUUAGUUAGUUUUGUGUGGUUCUGAUCGUCAGCUGGAGAACUAUGUUGCAGGUUUCAAUGACAAAAGGAAGCAAAUGGGUAAAAGUAGCUUUGCAGUAUCUCAUAAUUAUUUGAAGAAUUGACUCCUAGAAGCAACAUAACUAAUAAACUAACAAUACAAUUUACAAGGAAAAGAUGGAUAAUACGUAGAUUACCUUCUUGACAGCCAAGCUAACUAAGAGAUGUUUUCCCAGGAUUUUCACGGAGACACUAAAAAAUUGUUAGAUCUUUUAGUCGCUCUCAUUGAGCCCUUUCACCCUCUGUUGUUCCCUGGAAGACGAGCGAUGGCGCCACUGGCGGAGCCAGGAAAUUGGCCAAGGGGGUGUCUUUAUCAUAUGAUAAAAAAUCACCUAUACAAUAGAAAAGUCAACUUUAAAUUAAACAAAAAGUCAACAACGCAAUACUCUAAAUUCACACAAUUACAUUAAAAUAGUUUCACGUACACCGGUUACAACAUCAAACAAAUAAGUUCAGUACAUACAAAUCAAGACUUCCAUUCAUCAAAUAUUACAAAUUAGAACUCAGAAGUACCUUGGAAUUGAUUUUGUGAAACAAACAAGUGAACUUCAAUUGGUACUUCUUCACUUUCAACUUUGUUUAAACAAAAGACAAGAAAUUUCUCUGUUGUAGAGCUACAAAAAAAAAAGAGCGAGUUUAAACAAAAGACAACAAUUUAUUACUAUAAAUAAAGACGAAAGUGCAUUACAUAACAAAACUCACUCGAUCGAAAUGAUAAGAAAUUUUUCCUGCAACUGAAUGGUCAUUGGUUCGAAUUUGUAUAUACCCCUACUCGGAAAUUUUUUCUCCAAACCCAAGGGGGGUGCAAAGCACCCUUCCUCUCCAAGUGGCUCCGCCACUGGAUGGCGCCGGAGUUUGCUGGAAGAAGGCGGCGACUGUGGACUUGAGGCGGCCGGGAGACUUCAUUGGAAGGCCUGUGCGCGGCGGCGGCGGAUGGUUUUCGUCGAGAAGGGACUGGAAAUUGGAGAGAAUUAGGGUUUCACGAUAGCCACCUCUUUCCCCCUCUUUGGCAGCCGCACCCCGAGCGCCACCCACUUCGCCGUUUUGAUGAGUGGAGACAGUUUUCUCUUUCGCUUGGAAUCGUACAAAAACGGUAUGAAAACGCGUUUUUAUCCGUUUUUACCGAUUUUACUUACGAUUUUGACCGAUUUUGAGUAAAAAACAAUUUUAAUAGUGAUUUGAAACAUUUUCCUACCCUAAAAACGUAAAAUCGUACGAUUUUACGCUUUAAAGCGCGAUUUUGACUGCACUGAAUAUACCUAGAUAGUUUGUUAGAUUAUAUUAAUGGAUAAAUUGCAUUCCAUAAAAGACGUUUGUGUACAUGUUUGAGAGGCGCAUUGGGAUUUCUUGAUGAGGGUCGGUACUUAAUGCAAUUUUAAUUUCGCAUAAAAAAUAUUAGUAGUUUAACAAAAAAUAAUCAACUAUUCUGUCCAAAACAUAAUUGUUUACAAGUUGCAAUUAGAAGUUAUAUUUGUGAAAACUAAAGCUCAAACCCUUUUUUUUUUGUCAUAGAAACCCUUGCGGAUUAACUAGGUAAGCACGAGAGAGCCACAAUACACCGGCUUCUUCGUGAAAUGAUAGUCAAAGCAAAUAAGAACAAUUAAAACGAACACUACAAGAGCCAGAGUAGCAUAAGGCAUUACGUGCCACAUAAUGGGCAGCCCGAUUUGCUUCUCUAGGAGUAAAAGCAACAGAAACCAAUGGCAAUUCUUGCAACAUAAAGAUGACUUCUCGUAAGAUAGCCCCCACAAGGGCAUCAUUGGCAUCAGAAGCCUUCAAAUGUUGUACAACUGUAAGAGCAUCACUUGUAAUCACAAUCGGUCGAUCCUGCCACUGCCAUUGUCGAAGUAGUAAUAUAGCUUCUCUAAUUGCCAACACCUCCAUGAUCUUAGGAUGAAAAAGGCCUGGAAAGAAACCACCCAUUGCAAAAACUGGCACAUUCUGAUCCAAACCCACCACGCCAAUUGCGCCAUGAGUCGGAGCACUUGUCGCCCCAUCAACUGCAAUACGAAAAGUAGAUUGAAGCGUCGAACGAGGAUAAGGCUGAGGUCUGGGUGGCGGCGACUGAUUGGGUAGGAUGGCAAUUUGAUGAGAGGUAUGAUGAGACAAUAGGUGACGGUACAAGGCAGCAGUGGUAAAUUGUGCAUAGGGUGGAAAGACAACAUUAUUCCGCCCUUUCCAAAUCCGCCAAAAAAAAGAGGACCCAAUUCAUUAUGGUGGCAUGAUCAGAGAGAAUGAUGUGUCUUAAAAAGAUGGACAAAUGUGUGCUUGAAAAAAUUCUCGGAGGCAGAUGUAAACCACACCGUUGACGGAAAUCUACUGCCACACGACACGCAAGGAAUAAAUGUUCCAGCGAUUCGCCUUCAUCCGAACCACAAAUAGGGCAUGAAUCUUCUACCUGCACCCCAUGUCGGGCAAGAUCCUCCCUAACCGGAAGGAUUCUUAGUAAAAUCCGCCAAAGGAAAAACUUCAAUUUGGGAGCAAGAGGAAGACCCCAAAGGCGAGGCCAUAGCGCAGGAUCAAGAGGUGAAGCCUGGUCCACACUACCACGAGCCUUGAAAAAGGAGGCAAACUAGUCGCCAAUCGAUAAGCUGACUUUACUGUAAAUAAACCAUAUGGAUCAAAAUUCCAAAUCAAUUUAUCCGGGCAAAGGAGUCGUGGCAAAGGAGUCGUGACUUUACUGUAACUAAAGCUCAAACCCUUUUGGGUAAUUGCACUUGUAAUACUAAGCUAAAAAUUUAAGCGGUCAAUCCAUGCAAUGCGGGCAAACAUAAAGUUCGGCUUCUAGUUCGUUUUAACAAUAUUUUGUUUCCUGAUAAAUUUCAUUCCAUAUUUUUCUCUCAAUUCUUUCUUUCAAAAUUUUCACUUUGUUAAACCGUUUUCCUGCCUUGCACACAACAGAAUUCUGAAAUAGAUUAGCUAUAGCAACAAGCAAUUCUUACCUUAAAGAAUUACGUCAUAGUGAGGAACCAAUUUUUUUGGUUGCAAAAAGCACUUUUUCUUGUAGUUAACUUUUUUUCCCCUUCUGUCAGGCUUUGUACUUAAUUCGUCCCUUUUUAUGACACUUGCAAAAUGCAGUUCUCCGUCUCUCGACACCCUUUUCUUGAUAGAUAUCGGCGACCGGAUCCUCUGCAUGGCUUCAAGGACUACGUCGGAACAUACAAUGUCACUGACAAACAUUAUUGGGCUUCCGCGAUGUAUACAGGAGUACAUGGAUACGCAAUUGCUGUAGCGUGGGUGAUAUGUGGAGUAGGCUUAGGAAUCGUUUGGGCUUUGAAGAAUGGAGGUGCACAGCUUGCAGCAAUCCGAGACUUUUUGGACUACUACCACCUCCCUAUGUUCUUCCUCCUCCUCAUCUUUACCGUCCUUGCUUUGGCAGCAACCAUAAUUGUCGCAAUAGCAAACCAAAGCUCGCUGCAUAAAACAGAAGAGCUGAAGGGAACCAUAGUGAAGGUGGCGAAAGAAACUCAUCGCACGAUUCAAUCGGUGGUUUUGGCAAUGUCUACGAUUCAAAGUCUUCUCCGCCCUUAUCAGCCGGACACUUCUCUAAGGCUGUACAACAUAACCCAUUUGCUUGCCGAUGACUCGAACACCAUCAAAGAAUAUGUAGCAAAGAGUAGCCACUCCAUGGAUAUUGCAAUUGAGACUUCGCACAUGGUACAUUUUGUUGUAGUCAUUGUCAACUUGGCCUUCUUGGUGGCUUCAAUACCUGUACUCUUCUUGCAUUGGCACCCUGGAUUUAUCUUAACAAUUUUGACAUGUUGGAUCCUAACAACAAUGUACUGGAUUUUGACAGGCGUCGACUUUUUUCUCCAUACAUUUGCUGAAGAUACUUGUAGGGCAUUUCAUAGUUUUGUGGAGAAUCCACAUAACAAUUCCUUGAGCUCUAUAAUACCAUGCAUGGAUACUCCAGAAGCCAAUGAACUCUUGGCAGAAGUCGGUGGCACCAUCCACAGUUUCAUUUCUGAUUUAAACUCAAAGAUUAGUUCUAGCGACUUGAUGUUUGUACAAGAAGCCAGCAACGUGGAUAUUAAAGGAGUGUGCGACCCUUUCUCUGGAUCAUCGGGCCAAAUCUUCACGCCUGGGUCAUGCCCUACAGAUUUCAUCUCAGUUGGUGAAAUGACAAAUAUGCUCUUGAGCCUCACUUGUCCAGAUGGAUCUAAUUUGGAGAGUUGUGGAAUGAAUGGUAAAGUGAUUCCAAAGAGUGUCUCCAUGAUGGCGAUCGCUUACAGUCGUUCAGCUGAAGUUGCAAUAGAUGUAUUCCCAGAACUGGAGAGCCUGACAAAAUGCAUGCUAGUGAAGGGCACAUUGGCUGACGUUGUGGAUGAUCAAUGUGGCCCAUUCAAGAUGUCGAUGCUGAUCUUGUGGAUAGCAAUGCUCUGUGUUUCCAUAUUUAUGACAAUCUUUGUGUUAGGAUGGGUGACCAAGAGUUAUCAAGAAAGAGACCGAAGAUUUUCCGCGUGUUCUAUUUGGCCCAAUCUUAGAGCUCAAGCUUGAAAUGAAGAAGAAGAAAAAAUGAUAAGCUAAAGAGGUAAUCUUGUUAGGAAAUUCUUGUGAAUAGUUAGUUAAAUUUUGUGACUAUAGGAAGAUAGGAGGCGUGAAGGAAUAUUAUGAUUUAUAGGAAAGGAGAGGAUCUAUGUGGAAGUUCUUAAAUUUUAUGUUGGGAAUUAGAGAUCUCAACACAUGUGUAAGGGAAGCUAACCCUAAAUGAAUAUGUUACCAUGGA